UAUUCUUUCCCGUGAUUUCUAAGGUUCAUGUCUUUAUGGUUUAGCAAUGUCGAAGAUAGGGAGAUCGGUUUCAGCUCAAAGCAACUUGUUUGAAUCCGAAGAAGAAAAUGCAGUCAACGAAAGGGAGAAUAGCCACUGGGUAGAUGAAGAAACAACAUUGUUUGUUCAGAAAAAGCUGCGUCAAAGCGAUUACGAUCAUGUUGGUAACAAGCAAAACUGCAACAUUGAAAAUGUACAAGUUACGGGAGUUGGUCUUAUGUCAAAGAUUCAGAAUCUUGAGAAUCGAUUUGCUUCUGCCUUCACAGAAUUCAGGGUUUCUGACUUGUCUGUUGGCAACAUCGAACUGUCCAAAUUCGUUGCUGAGUUGGAUGAACAAGUUCAACUUUGUUUUUCUGAGAUGAAGCAAUUGUGUACUCUUUAUUCAUUUGCAAAUCUUAAAGGAAUUAGUUGUUAUUAUGAUUUCGAAAUUUUGGGAAGUUUGGAUUUGAUUUGUCAAAAGCAGCAGUUAUGUUCUCCUUAUCAAGAACCUUUUGAUAUGGUAAAGGAAUUGUCGGAAAAAUUACUUGAGAUAGAGAAGCUUAAAUCUGACAAUUUGCUCAAGGAACAUGAGCUCGAGGGUUUAAGGCAAUGUCAAAAAGAGUUAGAAACUUGGAUUUAUUCUGUUGAGAAGGAGAAAAGUCAGUUGGAGGAAGAUAUGGAAAUCAUGCGAAGGGAGGUUGUUGUUACAACUAAAUUCUUGGAUGAUUUACGGAGCGAAAUGAUGGAACUGAAUUGCAAUACGGACACCAAGAUUUCUGCUAACAAAAUUCUCAUAAAGAAAUCUUUUGAACUUGAAGAUGAAAAGCAGGAAGUGAAAGUUUAUUCAUCUGAACUCGGAGAAGAAAACUUACUUUUGUCUGAUCAGUUAUGUGGUUUAGAGGAAAAAAUCAUGUAUCUAAUUGAUGAGAAAAACUCAUACCAUAUGGAAGGAAAAUGUCCAGAUUUUGAUGCUAUGGAUUUCAAAGAUGAGAUAAUAAAAAGAUUGGAAGAUGAAAUAGAAGUAGAAAGGCUUGUUAUAAGACAGAAGAUGAAUGAAAUGCAAAGGCAAUGGUUUGAAGUUCAAGUAGAGUGUGAUUAUCUAAAAGUUGAAAAUCUCAAACUCAUUGAAGAAUGUAGCAUGCUUCAAGAAGAAAAUGGAGAGCUAUGGAAGCAAAAGACCAAGUUAAAUGAGCAUUGUAUGGUAUUAGAAAUAGAAUUGAACAAAGUUGAUAACCUUCAGAGAAAUAAUCAACUGUUAGAAGAAGAAAUUUUGGCUCAAUUGCAAAAAAAGUUACAACUUCAGAAAGAAAUCUUGGCUCUUAAGGAAACAAUUAGUGAAACCAAGUCUGAAAAUGAGAUGCUGGAAGCUUCUUUUAGGAUGUUAUCUCGAGAGCAUGAAGAGCAUGAGGCUAAAACAACGUUAUUUGUUCAGAAAAUCUUGAAUAGUUGCAGAUGUAGGAGAGUUGCCCUUGAAGAAGCCUUGGGAACUCAUGAAGCUUUGCCGGAAAAUGAGCUGGUCUAGACUAGGAGAGAAUCACAUACGGUUUAAUGUUGAUUGAUGAAAAGAAAAACUUCAAUACUCAAAAUCCUCAAUUUAUAGGAGU